CGCACUCUCACGAUAACAGUUUAAAUUUACGACAAGUAGAACACUUUGUACAAUGCUUAGCAAGCGGACUUGGAAUCAGAUUAUCAUCCAUCGACAUAGACUCAGGGUAUUGGCUACAGGUCGAUUGAUAUGAUAAGGCGUCCUAAGGCGUCAUCGUUUGACCAUAUGUCGCCAUGUUGUCUGUGAUGGGCAUAUUAUCCAUGAUGGGGACCAGACCAAACCAGAUCAGGGUGCGUGUCAAGUAUUGUAAGUACCUCGACGCCCUCACUCAUGCUGUAAUCCUCAAGAGCCGAGCUUCAGCAUAAUUCAGCAACAAGUCAAGUCAGGGAAAAACCACAAUAAGAAAUCUGCCACGAUGCCAGUCGAAUUCAUCAGCGCGACGUUCCUCAACGCUUCCACGGAGCUGAACGCAAUUCCCGGCGCAAGUAUCGACCCAGACUACCUCGCGCGCUACGCUCGCAACCUGGACGACUAUGCAUUCAACUACACCCUGGUGCCGUACGACUCCUCGUACUUUGACCCCUGGACCGUCGGGGCCACGAUAGCCUCUCACACCAAGAACCUCAAGAUAAUCAUCGCAGUGCGGCCCAACACCCUCUACCCGACCGUGGCGGCGAAAGCGCUGGCGACGCUCGACCAGCUCAGCCGGGGCCGCGCGGUCGUGCACUUCAUCGCCGGCGGCAGCGACGUCGAACAGGCCCGGGAGGGCGACUUCCUCACCAAGGAGCAACGCUACAGCCGGUUGGAAGAGUACAUCCGCAUCCUGAAGCGGGCGUGGUCCUCGACCGAGGCCUUCGACUGGGACGGCGAGCACUACCGGUUCAAGGGGUUCCGCAACCUCGUCCGGCCCGUGAACGGCACCAGCAUCCCCGUCUCCGUGGGCGGCUCCUCCGAGGACGCAUACCGAGUCGGAGGCGCGCUGGCCGACAUCUUUGGCCUGUGGGGCGAGCCGCUCAAGGAGACGAAGGACCAAAUCGACAAGAUCUACGCCGCGGCCGAAGAGGCCGGUCGCGCCCCCGGAGACCGGCCGCGCAUAUGGGUCACGUUCCGGCCCAUCGUCGCGGAGACGGACGACCUGGCGUGGGCAAAGGCGCAUCGGACCCUCGACGCCCUCGAGGCCGGCGCGGCCAAGAAACAGAGCGUCUUCGGUGCCGUGGCGCACGGCAAGGCCGGCGAAGCCCCUGCGCCGCAGAACGUGGGGUCUCAGAGACUCCUGGAGAUUGCGAAGCGGGGGGAAGUCCAGGACCGCGCGUUGUGGUACCCAACCGUCACGGCGACGAAUGCUCGCGGCGCCUCGACCGCCUUGGUAGGAUCGUAUCGGACCGUCGUGGACUCGAUCCUCGACUACGUGAAGCUCGGGUGUGAGCUCAUCUCAAUCCGUGGCUAUGACAACUUGAACGACGCCAUCGACUACGGUCGGUACGUUCUACCCAGGGUGCGCGAGAACUUGCCGCCGCCGCCGCCGCAGACAGAAGAGCACAAAGGGGGUGAGAACGGUGGACAAAAUGGGACGAACGGCGCGACUCUGGUUUCGAGGUGAGAUGGUUCCGAACCAAAGACUAUCGUGUUACGUUGGAUACGAGGUACUUGAUCAAACACACACAUAGACAUCAUGAGAGAAGAUUGGAGCUGAAUCGAAAUGAUGUCUCGCUUAUGAGCUGAGCAGGGAAGUAAACGGUACAUAGCCGUGAUAAGUUCAAGCCAGUACCAACCAUGUUCCAAC